AUGUCCGCCUUAUUAGGGGUCAAUUAUGACUCCAGCGAUGACGACGCCACAGCUGUACCCAAGUCUUCACUGCCCACUGCAACCAAGGUCGUUGCUGCGCCGGAAGUCAAUACAGAGGACCAAGCGCAUAUGCAGAUGACCCUCGCCAACGCCUCGUCAAAAGCCCUCACCUUCAAUGCUACAUACGAUGAUCUCACGCGGCCCUCUCACGGACCCGUGAACCCGUUCAAAUCAGCGGGUCCAGGAAACGGUAUCAAGCGAAAGAAUGUCCCUACUGGAUUUGCUGAAGAAGCGGCUAUCAGCGAGUCCACGUUUGCUGCGCAACAUCGCACAUUUCAAAGUCUAGGAUACACACGCAACCCGACACGACCGGACGAAUUCGUUGGAAACCUCGAUAACGUGGCUCAAUAUGGCGGCCGGGAUAUUGUGCAGAUGAAGCCCACUAAGAGCGCGUCUGCAAACUGGCGGACGAAGCGGCAAAAGAAGGGCGACUCCAGUGUUGUGGAAGGUGACGGUGCAUACCUGGGACCCUGGGCGAAAUACCAGAAUGAUCAAGAAUAUGAUUAUGUGGAGGUUGCCGAAGGUGAAGAGCGUCCGCUUGGGAGUGACGAGGAAUAUGUAGAAGAAGAAGAUGAGACUUUGACUACCGCGACGCCCAUGCCGGCCAUGAGCAAGGAGGCCACAGCCUACGAGGGUGGCUUCUCCAAGCAAGAGACCACCGAGUUCCACGGCACAGAGCAGUACGACUACCAGGGCCGGACGUACAUGCACGUGCCCCAGGAUCUGGAUAUCGAUUUGCGCAAGGAGCCCGGCACCACCAAGAACUACGUGCCCAAAAAGCUUGUGCAAACGUGGAAAUCGCACACCAAACCAAUCACUUCUCUUCGGUUCAUCCCCAACUCUGGCCACUUGCUGCUUUCAGCCGCAGCCGACGGAAAGGCCAAACUCUGGGACGUGUAUCAUUCUCGGGAGCUCCUGCGGACCUUCUCGGGCCACAGCAAAGCAAUUUCCGACACAGACUUCCAUCCAUCGGGGAAGACUUUCCUCACCAGUUCAUACGACCGACAGAUCAAGCUCUGGGAUACCGAAUACGGCAAAUGCCUUGGCCGGUUCUCUACAGGAAAGACACCACACGUCGUCCGCUUCAACCCUGGCGCCGAUCACUCGCACGAGUUCCUGGCUGGUAUGUCCGACAAGAAAAUCGUCCAAUUCGACACCAGGUCUGGCGAGCUGGUCCAGGAAUACGAUCACCAUCUGGCAGCUGUCAACACUCUUACUUUCGUCGAUGAUAAUCGCCGCUUUAUCUCCACGUCAGAUGACAAGUCCCUGCGCGCUUGGGAAUACGGCAUCCCCGUCCCUAUCAAGUUCAUCGCAGAGCCAUACAUGUUCGCACUCACACGUGCGGCACCCCAUCCAAAUGGCAAGUAUGUCGCUUUCCAAUCAGGUGACAACCAGGUUGUCGUCUACGGGGCUACAGACAAGUUCCGCCAAAAUAGAAAGAAGCGCUUCGUUGGGCAUAAUACCUCCGGAUACGCUGUCGAUCUCAAGAUCUCGCCUGAUGGGCAGUUCCUGGUCUCGGGUGACAGCGGUGGCUUUGUUUGCUUCUGGGACUGGAAGACUGGCAAAAUGUAUCACAAGAUUCAGGCUGGUGGGAAGGAGGGUGGUGCCGUUACUUGUUUGGACUGGCAUCCUCAGGAAUCGAGUAAGGUUGUUACUGGUGGUUUGGAUGGUGCUAUUAGGUAUUGGGAUUAA